CCAAUGGUGGUGCUUUUCCUCACGGACCUCUCGCCAUUGAAGACCACAACGAGUUCAUCGAAGGAAUCCUCAUUGAAGAAGAGAGGUUGGAGUCUUUGCCGCUUUUUCUCAUUGCCUUCUCUUCUUGAGUUCUUCUUUGGAAAGGCAAAGGGAGAAGAUCGAGGAAAAGGCUCUCUGUUGCCAUGGGAGAGGGUGCCAAUGCGAUGCAAGGAACUCCACGGAGAGCUGAAGAAGUAGCAACCACAUCAACCAACACCACCUUCAUUUCAAAAUCCUUCAGUUUGAGGAGAACCAUGGAUUUAUCUAAAGCUCGGAGUUUGGCAAGGAGUAGAAGCUUGGGGACUUUUGGGAGGGAUGGUUCUGUGGGUAGCUUGAGCAUGAGAGUUCCUUCACGAGAUGUGAGUGAUUUAAUCCGUGAUUCAUUCACUUUGUCAAGAGAUUUGUUGGAAGAGCUGCUUGGAGAUGUUGAUGGCUCUGCGAUUGCACAAGCGGGAGAUAGUGGUGGUAGAGUAGCUGAUGAUUUGGAUGCUGAAAAUGAGAGCUUGGAGUUGUCUUCUCCGAAUAAUUGUGAGAUAAAUGGAGAAUUAUCUUCUUCUCCACUUCCCACUGAUGCUAUCUUGCAUUCAGGUGAGAAGAAUCAGAUUGAAAUUAAUAGGAGUUCAUCUCUCAAGGAAAAGAAAGAUAAGCUUCCAGGGAGAUUGGAUCACAUUUCUUAUCUGGUUCACAUGGCUGUGUUUGGAAUUCUGGGGGUAUUCACGAGGUAUUUGUUGCAGAAGAUUUUUGGUCCUAGCCUUCUUAAACUCACAGGGGAUGACUCGGCACUAUACCUUGAUCUUCCGUCUAAUAUUUUAGGUUCCUUCCUCAUGGGGUGGUUUGGUGUGAUAUUCAAGGCUGAUAUCCGCAAUGUAUCUGAUCAUUUGGUGAUAGGAUUAACUACUGGGUAUCUUGGAAGCCUCACCACAUUUAGUGGAUGGAAUAUGAAAAUGCUUGAUUUAUCAGAAAGAGGCCACUGGGUGUUCGCUGUCGGCGGCAUAGUUCUAGGGAUGGCCAUUGUGAAUGAAAGCAUUCGAUAUGGGGUAGAGAUAGCGGAGGUACUUCGCAGAAUUCUAUUGAAUUGGCAUAGCAAAACUUCUCAAAAAACCAAAGUUAUGCUAGAAAACUUGAGAGUGAAUACUCGUGAACGGCAUGCUGUUGUUCUUCUAUGGAUGAUAUUGAUCUUAGGAGCCUUAUGGAGCUUAAGCUGUGUAUUAGCAAAGAGAAAGAUAGAUAGCGUCACCAAUGGCGCUGUUCUUUGGUUAGCCUGCUUGGUGGGGCCACCGGGUGUAUGGUUCCGAUGGUACCUUGCAAGACUGAACGGCCGGGGAAUUGGAAGGAAGGGAAUCCUCAAAUGGCUUCCGAUGGGAACAUUAAUUGCCAACAUUCUUGCAGCUUGUAUCAUGGCAGCACUCUCAACAAUUAACAAAGAGGUGAACACAAAGAAAUGUGCAAUCAUCGUGAGCGGAAUUCAGUUUGGAUUCCUAGGCUGCUUGAGUACAGUUUCGACUUUUGUCGCAGAAGUUUUUGCAAUGAGGCAGAGUGGACACAUUCUAAGGGCGACCGCGUACAUGCUUUUGACGAUCAUUCCUUCGUUUGGAUUCGGGACCCUAAUAUACUCCUUACCUGUUUGGUUGAAACAUUACAAUUAGUUGAAUUGAUCUCUGAAAACACAAUCAUGUUUUCUUCAUCAAUGCUCUUUUCAGUGUUCUUGAUUUGGUAUUCAGGUUAUAUUUUCAGUGUAUAUAUGAACAAGCAGCAAUUCACUGAGGUUCAGAAUCACAUUUUGUAUUAUGAUUUUAAAAAAAUGCUUAUAUAUUCAAGUGAACAUUUUGUUCAGUUCACUAAAUAUGAGAUUGUCAUUAUCUCUGUGAUGUAAAGAUUGUGUUUUUAUUGAAUAAAUGUGUU